GGUCCUUUGAUCACGCGCCUGCCGGUUCUUCCGGGGCCCCGGAGCCAACCGAGGGCGUUCCUGUUCGGGCUGCAGCGGCGGGAGGGAGCCCAGUGGAGGCACCCUCCCAAGGCACCACUGCCCAUGCUGACCACCCAGCCCUCCGGCUGCCGAUGUCAUGAGUAACGCCACAGUGCCCAAUGCCCCCCAAGCCAACAGCGACUCCAUGGUGGGCUAUGUGUUGGGGCCUUUCUUCCUCAUCACCCUGGUCGGGGUGGUGGUGGCUGUGGUAAUGUAUGUCCAGAAGAAAAAGCGGGUGGACCGGCUUCGCCAUCACCUGCUCCCCAUGUACAGCUACGACCCCACUGAGGAGCUGCAUGAGGCUGAGCAGGAGCUACUCUCUGAUGGGGGAGACCCUAAGGUAGUACAUGGCUGGCAGAGUGGCUACCAACACAAGCGGAUGCCCUUGCUGGAUCUCAAGACAUGACCUGAGCCCCUGCCCCAAACUUCAGAGCCUUGAAGGUCCUGACUGCCCAGGGCCUUACUUCCCCCUCCCACUCCCCCAGCUCCCCCU